AUGGAGACCGGUAAUGCUGAUGAGCGGACUCUCGGACUGCCGUCUGUGACGCGUGCCGAUAUUGCACGUAGAGAAGCUGCAGAGGAUUAUUAUGCCCUUUUGGUGGAAGAAUGGACCAACUAUGCAUCAAGAAAGGGCUAUUCGAAAAAUGAAGUGCGUACGAAGUGGACAACGGAAACGUGGGAUGCCUUUGAGACGCGAAAAGAUGCUCAAAAAUUGUUUCUCAAACGUCAUGAACUGCGAUCGCAGAAGAAAGCAGCGCAGCUUUCCGAGAGUCAAAAGUGGUCCAAGCAAAAAAGUGCCGCUGCUGUCGAGAAGAUUAUGGCAUUUGAAGCUGAACAAAGGGGUACAAUACUGCAGCCCCGGCACUUCCUCUUCGUUGACUAUUACGACUAUCAGCAAUUUUUGUUUCGUAAUGGGCGUAGUUUUAUUGAGAAUGAGGAAAACCUUCUGCGUUGUAAACUUUCUGAAGCAGAAGAUGAUCUUAUGUGCCUGCUGGUGACGCAGUGGCACUGGAGUAAUAGCCUUCAGUUGGCUCGCGAAAACGAGCGUAUCGAACAAGAGGCUGCUGCUGAGCGACUCAAGGAGUUACAAUACCAACAGAAACUAGAAGAAGAAAGGCUGUUGGAGGCACAGCGCACUGCACAGGAAAGAGAGGCGGCCCAGGCCGAAAAAGAGCAAGCCGAAGUUGAGAAACGUCUCGAGCGCAAGAGGCGAGAUGAAGAGCGGCGUGCUAAAGCACGAUCCGAACGAGAGCAACGAAGGGCAAAAGAAUGA